CUGCCUGUUCCAAACAAACAUGGCAGCCCUCUAAUGCCGCACACUGUUUUGAAGGUUGACGGAUAAACUCUCUAAGAAUUGUAAAUAUGCUUAGCUUCACUUUACGAGAGGUUUCCAUUGCAUUCAGAGAAGGAAAAAUCUCUCCAACUGAAUUGUGUAGAAAGUGUUUGCACCGAAUCAAGCAGAACCAGCAUCUUAAUGCUUAUAUCACAGUGACCGAGGAACUGGCCUUGAAGCAGGCUCAAGAAGCAGAGACCAGACUCUUACAAGGUACCCCUAAAGGCCCACUGGAUGGAAUCCCUUUUGCAGUCAAAGACAACUUUUGUACAAGGAAUGUCAAAACAACGUGUGCUUCCAGGAUGCUUAAAAACUACACCCCACCAUAUAAUGCUACAGUUGUACAGAAGCUUUUGGACCAGGGAGCUGUUCUUAUUGGGAAGACCAACAUGGAUGAAUUUGCGAUGGGCUCUGGCAGUACUGAUGGUGCAUUCGGACCAGUGAGGAACCCUUGGAGCUACGCUGCUCCCUACUGUGAGCGGACAGGAGCUGUACCUGACUCUGACUGGGUUAUCUGUGGUGGUAGUUCAGGAGGAAGCGCUGCAGCUGUUGCCUCCCUCACCAGUUACUUUGCUUUAGGAUCAGACACAGGUGGUUCCACUCGUAACCCAGGAGCAUUGUGUGGUGUUGUGGCUUUGAAGCCAACGUAUGGACUGCUGUCAAGACAUGGUCUCAUACCUCUGGUCAACUCCUCUGAUGUUCCAGGCAUAAUAACACGAAGUGCCAGCGAUGCCGCUAUUAUUUUAGGUAUUCUCCAAGGUGUUGACACCAAAGACUCCACAACAGUUCCUGCACCCCCAUCGCCAAUGGAGCUGGCUGAGAACUUUGAUGUCAAGAAUCUCUUCGUGGGCAUUCCAAAGGAGUUCUAUGCCCCUGGUAUGUCCGAGGAGACUGCUGCACAAUGGAGUCAUGUCACUGACUUGCUUGAGAAAUCAGGUGCGCGUGUGGAGCAAGUGUCCCUCCCUCACUGCCAGUAUUCUAUUGCGUGUUACCACGUCCUGUGCUGUGCUGAGGUGGCGUCUAACAUGGCACGGUUUGAUGGUCUACAGUAUGGCCAUCGUAGCGAAGUGGACAGUUCCACGGAGGCCAUGUAUGCCACCACACGACACGAGGGGUUCAAUGAUGUUGUGAGAGGCCGGAUACUGUCUGGAAACUACUUUCUGCUUAAACAAAACUAUGAGCACUACUUUGUGAAAGCCCAGAGGGUUCGUCGGCUGAUUACAGACGAUUUCAACCGCGUGUUCAGCUCAGGAGUUGACGUCCUCCUGACACCCACAACUCUCUCAGAUGCCGCUCGUUAUGCCGACUUCACACAAGAAGACAACAGAACACGCAGCUCGCAGGAGGAUGUCUUCACCAAUCCUGCUAACAUGGCAGGUCUCCCCGCAGUUUCUGUGCCAACUACCUUAUCCAGGAGAGGCCUUCCCAUUGGCUUACAGCUAACUGGCCCCGCCUUCCAAGACAAGAAGCUGCUUAGUGUUGCCCAGUGGAUCGAACAAAGGGUUGGGUUUCCAUCCAUCAGUGACUUUGUGGAAUCCAACAGGCAGGGUUCCAAUUACAAUAUUGGCUUUGCAAGAGGGGUUAGAUGAAUUGAUUAACUCAUUCGCUGCUGCCAUUGACGGCGAUUGACGACUCUGCAAAUGGUCGGUAGUGGAAGUUGAAGAAAAUGCAAAGGUGCACCUGGAAAAGUGAUUUGACAACAGCUUGGAUUUGAUAUCUCAUCGCUGUCAAUGGCAGUAAAUUAGUUAAGCAAUAUUUUAUUAUAAAUACGUGUAAAUCCGUCUAUGAAAAAGACUUUCAAAUAUUCUUUAUUCAGCGAAACAAACGGGCUCAGAAAUUUGUGUUUAGAUAUUUAUCAAGUUAAGCGGAUCACACAAAUCACAGUUUGCACUUAGAAUUUACGACAAGGCAGUGCCAGAAGUGCGGGCUUCAAUAACAACUUCACACCCACUUAAAUUAGAUAACUUUAUUUUUUUAUUCUAUGUUGUUUCAUUAUAAAGAAAUCACGGUUGUACAUAAAAGACAACAAAACCCUGAUUAUUAGUCAAAAAGAAAUUGUGGAAAUAUUACUCUAGUUAGUUAAAUUAUGUAUCAAAGAUAAUCAUGUAUUAGGGAGAGAGAGGAUUUUGUUGCUUUAUAGUGACUAUAAUCUAGCAGUCAGCACAGUAUUGAACAGGAACAGACUUCAUCCAUCUGACCAGAAUCAAAGGAAUUUUAUGGUUGUUAUCAUAUAAAAAUUUUUUUAAUGUGAUGUGCUUUUUUUUUUUUCUUUCCUUUUCUCGUCCCUUUUAAAGGAAUCGACUCCAUAACCUUUGAAAUUGUAAAAGUGGUAUUAUCAAGAGGAAGAGACUGACGGAGAAUUAGCUUGGUUUACAUUCUUUGAAAGUAAAGUUUAACAACCGUGAUGGAUAUUUGGAUUGAGGUUAGACCAUUUAUGAGUACCUCGUUGCUUCCUUGGCAAAAAUGAGAAUCGGAAAAGUCACUUUUUGAGCAACAACAUGCUCUUUUAUAAUGUAUGGCAUUAACUCAUUGGCUGCCAUUGACGGCGAUAAACAUCCAGCCCGAUUUAACUCGAAUUGGAUUGGAAGUCUAUCACUGUCAAUGGCAGCCAUCACAGUUGUAGUGGAUUUUAUGUCUGUCAAUGGCAUUGAAUGGGUUAAUGUGCUUUUGGCUUGGUGAUCAAGGUGUUUCCGUGCCUCAUAUUGCAGAAGUUAAGGAUAAGGGUGUUGCGCAGAAGAGGUGCUAACUUGACAUUUCCAAAAAACAUGUGAUGGCUUCCUGAGCAACAAGAAAACGUUGCAUGCAGAAGCAAAAUUAGGUCAAGCGAAACUGCUGCAGGUGGCAAACUAGCAUGAGCGUUACAUACAGUUGCCAUGGCAGACAGAUUAUUGCCAUUUUGCUAUUAUUUGGCCAUGGGAACGUAUAUUGCAACCUUGUCUUGUACUGGAGUGUGUAGAGUGUGUUAACCCUUUCUAACAAAGUCAACACGAUGCUUACUGUAGCAUCAUUACACAGAUGGAGGUAUUUAAGACUUCUGCUGUUUACACAUUGAUUUAUUGCAUUUGGUAUAAAGCAAUAAAAAUACAAAUAAGCAUCUCAAGUACAAACUCAGUAUUGUUUCAGAGAAAUCUCUGGUUUCAAUUUCUGGAGUUCUGCAUACAGGAUGUGGUGAUCCUACUUUGCUACGAGGGUACAUAUGACAGCAAUUUUUUUUAAACCUCAACAUAGAAAAAAAAAUGGAUUCGAUUUUCAUGUAACGGAUUUAUUGAAAACAGUUUAAAGAGGUUACAAAUUUGGAUGUACAGCGAAGCAUCUUUAGUUAGAUUCCCAGCCUAUUUAGAUAAAAAGCAUUGGGCCAUUACACCAACAUUAAAAUAACAUUCAGAGAAAUCUCAUCUCCAGUCCAAGUCCAAAUUUGGUCUUUCAUAUUCGUAUGCAAAUAACCACUUUUCAGUCCUCACGUGUGCCUCUUAUAGUACAAAUCUUUUAUCGUUGAAAAUAGUUUUACCGAUUACAUUUUCAAAAGAUAACCCCUAGUAUAAGUUAAAACCUUCAUUUGAAAUUGGCUGCUCAAAGCAUGAACAUAGCUAUAUAAACUUGUUGCAAAAAUAAUUAUGCCAUGUUUUCAACAAUUGCAGACGCAGGUGACCAACAAUAUGGACAGUGUGACAUGGGCUUUAUUGCACUAAUGCCAAAGUACUCCAAAAUGUAAAAACAAUGACAAGCUGAUGUUGACAAUUCAGAAAAAAUGUACUAGUAUAUAACUUUGCAAAGGACUGAAAUAUUAAAUUGGUAUUGGGUGAAAAAUAUAUGAAUAAUCUGAAAUAGGCUAUCACUAAUAUAUUAAAAAAUGCUGAUUGCAUGAAAUAAACUGAUGGCAACUUUGAAAUCAGUGAAAAAUUGUUAAAAUGUUACUUGGUAAUUGGGUUUGAUGUCUAAAUCUCACGACUUUCCUCUACCCAAACUCUGUUUACUUUUCUCCCCCACUUUGUCACCAAACCCGAUCUCAGGUUCCCUUACGUUUCAGGAAUUAUGUGGAGUGGCAGGAAGGGAAAUGGAAGAAAGUAUUUAAGUGGUCAUACUCUGAUGGUGAACUAAAGCAAACGUUUAGUCUCAAACAAACAACCACACUUCAUCGGUAUUCAAGUCACUAGUGUGCUUGAGAAAUGUGACUGUGGCAGGGUCAAAAAGUUAUCUUAAAUAAUGAAAAAUCCCAAAGCCCGUUAUGUGUAAUGGUGACAAGUGUAACGACCAAGGGGAGGAAGCAGGCCUAUUCAUCACGAAUCCCACUGAAGUUUUUUAAGUAGAUAAGAUGAGGUGGACAAUGCAGCCAUUGUCACAAAGUGAGGGUGGGAGCCAAUCUUCACAAAGAGCCAAACCAAAGGGGGUGUCUAGAAAAUUCCAUGUGUCACUAUUGAAAGGGUCUGUCUGACCAACAGGUGUAAGCAGGACUGGUCGAUGUUUCUUAACAUAUUUAUCCAAUAUGUGAUGGCUAAUUAAGUAAUCUAUACCAGGUGCCUUUAAGGCUGUAAAAGCUUCAGGGCAAAAAUAUUGGUUCUAUUAAUCAAACACUUGUUACAAUCGAACACUGGGUUUCCACUGAUAGCACAGCAAGGCACGCCAGGAAACGAGCAACUAGUGCUGCCGAUUACCGGUUUCAAGGUAUACCGUGGUAUGAAAACAUCAAGGUUUCAAAACCGCAAACUUUUUCUGUCAUACCGUCCCUAAGGUAUUAGCUGGAGAAAUCACUCGCUUGCAGCUGCAAAGCUCAACCCUCCCCAACCCAUUGUUGCUCAGUGUGAAUGAGUCAGCUGUGCUACACGAUGGCUGGAGGUAAAACUCAAAACUUUUUCCAUCCCGAUCGAAAACGAAAUUGCUGGUAUGGGAAUACUAUGUAGGCUAAUACAUGUUCGCGGAGUGUGGCUGCAGAGGAGGAAAUACCUGUGAUUUCGCAUUUAUACAGAAUUAAAGGUUAAUAACACUUAUGAACGUUUCCCACCAGCUACGAGUUACCUCUAGCGUGUUUAGUGUGUCUAGCGGUGGUAAAAUGAGCUCUCUGGCAACUGUUGAGAAUGCGUGUAUAAUGGAAACAUGAUAAGUCAUACACGUGCAUUUUAUGGAAAACUUAAUUAUAAUUGGUAACGUUGAGCUGUGGUUUUAGGCUUACCUAAAGGGUAAUUUAGUUGGUGUGGAUAAAUAUAUAUUUUAUACAUGUUCCAAUUUGCUAAUGGUUUGAAAAAUAAAAAUGUUCAAUGGAAUUUUUAAACGCAAAUAUGUACCUCUAACACAUUUUAGAGCCGUGAUUGCAAUACCAUAUUUUGGUUAUCAUACCGUCAGACUAUCAUACUGGCACAUUCCUACAGCUAACCAAUGUCUAGAUUAUUGCUUGAAUUUUUCACGAACCCUCAGGCAACUAACGGUUGAAAGUACAAUGCACAGACAGUUGGAGAUUUGAAAGCCAAUUGGCAAUUUAGAGACCUUAAACUUGUCCCAUUGAAAUAAAUCAGUAUCUUCAGUAAUCUUUAAGUCCCCCCUAAAAAAAGUAAACAAAUCUACCGGUAUACAAGAUGAGUUAAUAGCUAAACUUAUUUUCCAGACGACAUUUCAGUCAGACGGACUAGUUUUGGGGUGUCAAGCUUGUGUGGCUUUAAUCAUAUUUACUACACCAACCAUAAGCAGUCCAAUAUUCCAAUGUUAAAAAAAAAAAAAAAAAAAUUUAAAUCUGGGCGGCUAAUGCAAUUUCUCAUUAGCAGUUUCACUUGACAAGAUAAAGAGCUUAAGAUCUUGAUACAAUACAUUAGAAAUGACACCAAAGCUAAGUCCUGUUAAGCACCUUAGAUUUCCAUUCAAUUAGUUUACAAAUUACCAAGUAAUACAGGACUUAUGCAACUGCACUCCCAAUUUGGCUAAAAAAGCAGGCAGUCUCUUCCAAGAUGAACAUUUAUUGAAUUUACAACAUUUUUCAAGACCUAAAAAACACUUUCACAGAUUUCCAAAAUACAAACUUUUACUUAACAGAUCUUUUAACUAGCAUCCUUUUACUUAAAAGAAAAACUCACUGGACAUUUGGGGGAGAAAAACAAAAAAAGCCAAGCAUUAGACUGCACAGUGGAUUACUUCCCAACGAUUGUCCAGUCCAUGCAAAAUUCCAAGAUGCAAACCACUUGACAGUGAGCGCAGCAGCUGCACAGACUGAAUAUGAAUUCCAGACAUCUUCGAAGAAACUCAGUGAAUUCUCUAUGUCCAGUGAGGGGGCCACAAGUGCACUCAUAAGCACCAACUGUGAAUCAGAGGAGCCAGGGCGAGGGCGAACAACAGCAAGGGGUGGCCAUUGAUUCUGGAGCACGCAUUCCUAUCGGUGGUAUUUGCGGUUGUGGGGUUGGUAGUUGUGGGUAUAAUGGUGGACAUAUUUAAUGUUGCGUUCACAGGUCCAUUUGUGGUCUGUCCAUGGACCACCUGCAACACAAUUGGUACAGUUAGCCUUUUCAGUUCCAUUGAUGUCCAUUCUGUAGCUUUUAAAUCAUCCUUC